AUGCCUUGUGAAUCCAGAAGCCAGGUGGGCGAAGGAUUUCGUCGUGUGAAACAACGCAAGAAGGCCGAUAAACCUUCCAAUUUCUACAGGGCUCCAGAAAUCCAAGAGAGAGGUAGAACCUUGGAGCGCGCCGCAAAGCAAGAGGCCGUUGGACUUGGUAUCCUUGGUAUCAGUAUUCCGGACGAACAAAGCACCUCAGACAAUGUAAGCACAGAGUCGCAGAGUGAAGAGAUGACGGAAGACCUAAAGAUCCAGCAUUACUCGUCCAGGCGUCCGCCUGUGCUGGUCCGAAGCAGUACCCCAAGACCAAAGCAGCGGGUUGUUCCUCACCACAACGAUCCAGUGAUGGCGAUCGAGCAGGUGCUCUUGGAAGGUGGAGCACUGCUUCGUACAGGACGUGAAGAGGAUGGCGGACUCAUGCGAGUGAGUGCUGAACAAUUGCGUAUGGUCAACGAGAAACGCAGACGCGAACACGAAGGUACGUUCACGACGGGCCGAGCCGCGAUCGGCAUGGCGCACGAGCCAUGUUACCUAAAGGACUCAAGGCUGACUUGCACGUUUACAGAGAAAGAAGGGCACGAACAAGAACUAGACCAAUUUGUCGCCGACGCUGAGCAGCUUAAGCGUGAGAAGCAGCUCAAAUCUGAGCAAGCCAGAGGACAAGCCGACGAGAAGCUACGCACAAAGAAGACAGAGUUCGAGAGUGUACCGAGCACCGACGGCAUCCAAGAGACAGGCCCCGGCCAAAACCAACCAUCCCACGGCGGCUAUAUCGUUGAGCCUGAUAGUGACAGCGACAGCGACAGCUCAGCCGGCUCCGACACAUCGGUGCGCACUGCCUUCAAGGUCAGAGACGGCCACACUACGCCAAGACCUGGCGACAUUGGAACCACCAACAGUCUAGGAAAGAGCCACCCAGUUGCGCGCCCGCUGCCACCCACUCCCACUUUCCCUGCUUCGGAACCUCUCGUACCAGGCCAUCCCAACGAUCAUGACGAGUUUGUCUCGCUGAACGACUCCUCCAUCACCGACCAUCUUGCUCACGCUCUGCGCAACAUCUACUCUCGUGACAUUGACAUGGCCGCUCAGAACCCCGCCAUGGCCAACUCGGCUGCACCUUACACACUCGGAGGCGGCAUGCCAUCAGCCGGCCACCACAGCGACAUGCAGCACAUCUGGACUUUGGUCCAAGAACUGAGUUCUGUCCUGAAACAGAACCGCGAAAACUACGACGAGCUGCAGAACACUCUCGCGCGUGCCCAGGUAGACCUCAACAACCAAAAGGACAUGGCAAUCAUGCUCGAAUUGCUCACACACUUCCUUUUAGCCNNUCGACCUACUGAGAAUGGUGUUCUGACCAACGGAGAUGUCAAUGGUACGGUCGUUCAUGGUUCUGCUGUCUUUGAUUAUCCACAGCGCUUAGAUACCCUUUCGUUUAAUUCUUGUUUCUCUCGUUCAUUAGCUAAUACUGAAGCUUUAUUGCUCCCUGCAGCCUCUCAUGCCCCUCAUGCUUCUUCUGAUGUCGACACGACCGCCCUCCAAGCCCAAUUGUCAGACGCCUUGUCCCGGAUCACCGAACUCGAGACAGAGUGCAAGGAGGCCAACGAAGUCAUCGACUACGCCGAAGAGAUUGUCGAAAAGUUCAAGAUCCAAGUCAGCGAGUAUGCUCAUAACCACCAGAGCGCAACCAUCGGUAAUGCCCUUCCUCAGUCACGCAACGGCUGUCGCUGA